AUGGGCAGUGGAGCCAGUUCUGAGAGCAAGGAGUCGGCCAGGAGAUCCAGAGAACUGGAAAAGAAACUCCAGGCAGAUGCAGAGAGGGAAGCCAGGACAGUCAAACUACUACUGUUGGGUGCUGGAGAGUCAGGAAAGAGCACUAUUGUAAAGCAAAUGAAGAUCAUCCAUAAAGACGGUUUCACCUACCAGGAACGCAUGGAGUUCAGACCUGUCAUUUACAGCAACGCAGUGCAGUCUAUCCUGUCUAUCGUGAAAGCAAUGACUAAGUUAGGAAUAAGUUAUGAAAACCCAGCUAGAAUUGAAGACGAAAGGAAACUGUGUGCCAUGGCAACAACUCUGGAGGAUGGCGACAUGUCUUCUGAAUUGGUGAAACUCAUCAAACAACUGUGGAGCGAUGGCGGGACCCAGGCCUGCUUUGCAAGGGCAGCGGAGUACCAGCUCAAUGAUUCGGCAGCCUAUUACCUCAAUGAUUUGGAUCGGUUGGCAAGGCCAGAUUAUGUGCCUAGUGAGCAAGAUGUUUUGCACUCCCGAGUGAAAACAACCGGGAUUAUAGAGACCCAGUUUUCCUUCAAGGAUUUGAACUUCAGGAUGUUUGAUGUGGGUGGACAGCGAUCAGAGAGAAAAAAGUGGAUUCAUUGCUUUGAGGGCGUUACUUGCAUCAUAUUCUGUGCUGCACUCAGUGCCUAUGACAUGGUUCUGGUGGAAGAUAAAGAAGUGAACAGAAUGCAUGAAAGCCUUCAGCUGUUCAACAGCAUCUGCAACCACAAAUGCUUUGCAGCCACUUCCAUCGUGCUGUUUCUAAACAAAAAAGACCUCUUUCAAGAGAAAAUAGCAAAAGUUCAUCUGAAUAUCUGCUUUCCUGAGUAUAAUGGACUAAACACAUUUGAAGAUGCUGGAAAUUACAUCAAGAAACAAUUCCUAGAUUUGAACAUAAGGAAAGAAGACAAAGAGAUAUAUUCUCACCUGACAUGUGCCACCGACACUCAGAAUGUCAAGUUUGUAUUUGAUGCAGUCACAGACAUAAUAAUCAAAGAAAAUCUGAAAGACUGCGGGCUUUUCUAG